ACAGGGUGGCCUCUUUAUAUACAGUCUAUGAGGGUGGCUCGCUCUUUGCCCCUCGGCCAUGUGACAGCUCAGUGGCUGUGAAUCGUAUCAGGACUCAGAAGAAACUCCUGCAGCAGCGGCAUAGGUUUCCUCUGAAGUUUCUAAAGAGUCAUCAUAUAAUGAUGAUUGAUGCUAGAGUGCAGACAUGCGGGUGGCAGUGAUUGGAGCUGGAGUCAUCGGCCUAUCAACCGCUCAGAGCAUCUAUGAGCAAUAUCACUCAACCGUCAAUCCGCUGACCAUUGAAGUGUAUGCAGACCAGUUCACUCCACUGACCACCAGCGAUGGAGCCGCUGGCUUCUGGCAGCCGUACCUUUACGAUAAGGGUAACGUCCAGGAGACAAAGUGGAAUAAGGAGACAUUUGACUACUUGUUGAGCCAGCUCAGCUCACCAGAGUCAGUGAAGAUGGGUAUAUUCCUUCAGUCCGGCUACAACCUCUGCAAUGAACAUGCACCAGAGCCCUCAUUUAAAGACACCGUCCUUGGCUUCAGGCAGCUCACAGAGCGAGAGCUGCAGAUGUUUCCUGGAUACAUACAUGGCUGGUUCAACACUGCUCUCAUGGUGGAAGGUAAAUCUUACUUACCGUGGCUGAUGGACUGGUUGCAAAAAAGGGGAGUGAAAUUCUAUCACAGGAAAAUAGAGUCCUUCAAAGAGGUGGCAGAAACUGGGGCAGACGUGAUCAUAAACUGCACCGGGAUGAGAUCAGGAGCGCUGCAGCCGGACCCGGACCUGAAACCAGGCCGUGGCCAGAUAGUGAAGGUGGAUGCUCCGUGGCUGAAACACUGGAUUAUUACUCACGAUUUUACAGCAGGAACCUACAAUUCACCAUAUAUCAUUCCAGGGAGUCGCCUUGUGACAGUUGGUGGGGUUUUCCAGCUAGGAAACUGGAGUGAACAGAACAACUCCACUGACCAUAAGAAAAUCUGGGAAAAUGCUUGUCAGCUGGAGCCCAGUCUCAAGCAUGCCAGGAUAGUGGAGGACUGGUCCGGCCUCAGGCCUUCUCGCAGCAAAGUCCGACUGGAGAGGGAAACCAUAAAGUCUGCUGCAGGUCCAAUAGAGGUGAUACACAACUAUGGCCAUGGAGGUUUCGGACUCACGAUUCACAGAGGAUGUGCCGAGGAGGCAGCGAGGCUCUUUGGUCAGAUCGUGGAACAAAAAGGCAAAGGUCCAAAAGCACGUUUGUAAAUUUGUGUGUGGCAGUAGCGACUGAUGCACUCCUUUUUCAAACCUCAGCAUUGGUGCACACGGUGUUUAUAUCUGUACUAACAUUUACAGGGUGGGGAAGCAAAAAUGUCCUGUCAGGUAAAAACAACUAUAAAUGAGUAUAACUUUUUUAUUCUUUGGAAUUUUGAACUGAUUUCUUGAAGAACACAAAUUUAAAGCUUUCAGAAAAUGUUUAUUAACCACGUCUGACGUACGUCAGCGGGGUUACUGCAUUCGCUUCGGUAUCUGGCCGGGUAAGUAUGCAUGUAUGUGUGUAUGUCCGGUCAGAUAUCUCUGCAAGUGCUGAAGUCAGGAUAAUCAAACUUGGCACUGAAGAUCAGUCUAAAGUCCCCUGCUCACUUGUGGAGUUAGAGGUCAGCAGAUCAAGUAGGAAGGGAUAUACGUAGGAUGAUCAAAAUUGAUACAGAGUAUCAUGCAUGGGCGUGGUUCUGCCAUCUACUGAGGGCUCGUCUAGUUCAGUAUGUCCUCCAUCAGCCAUGAUGAACGCCUCGAUACAGCCUCUGAAAGAGGCACAGGCCCUCCUGAUAUCCUCCUUGGGGUAGGCCUCCCAUUGGCAUUAGUCCUCAACUCAAUGGUGCCCCAUCAGAAAAAAUCCAGGGGGUUUAGAUCAGGUGACCUCAGGGGCCAAAUGUCUUUGGGCCAGAAGUUUGCCAUAUUCUACUCACAGAACUUUUGGACCUUGAUUGAUGUGUGAGCGGGAGCCCCAUCUUGCUGCCACACAUAGUUGUUGUCAGGGUAGGUGGCCUUCAGCCAGGGCAAAACGGUGUACCUCAGAACUUUGUAGUACACAUCAGUCCCAAUUUUCCGAUCUGGCUUGAAGAAGUAAGGGGGGAUCUUAUUGCCAUCUGAGCCCAAGACUCCCAGGAACAUCUGGAGAUCUCUUGGUGCCCAAACUGGAUUGUCUGGCAUGCUGGAUGCGGCGAAUGGUCCUCUCACUGAUGCCAACAAUCUUGGCAAUGUUCUUCUGAGGGAUUUGGGCAUCCAGGAGAUCACAAACCCUAUUGCGUUUUGCUUGUUGCUUGCUUGUUUCACAGUGCACCAAAGUCUGACAAAUACUGAAAAGAUUGGUUAAAGGUAAGGAACUUUGAUUUUAAUUAUUGUUUUGAUUACCCUCACCGUUUGGGCAGGACACUCAAAUUUGUCAAUAGGACAUUUUUGCUUCCCCACCCUGUACACCAGAUAUUUAGCAUCUCAUUAUCUGCGGGGUAAUGACACUAAUUUAAAAUAAUGUAAUGUAUGCAUUAUUUUUGCAUCAUGGAUUAUGAGAUGGCACAUUGAUAUGUAACAAAAUCAUGCUUGAAUCUCAAAGAAGUUUAUGUAAUUUAAUAAUAAUUAACUGUGAAGUAAAUGUUUUGAUUGUAACUGAUAGAAUUACUCCUUUUUUAUAAUAAAUAACAACAUGUAUCCAGUG